GGCUGAAAGUUUCGGCGCUAGAACUGCAAUGCACGAGCCACGCCGAGGACAUGCCUUCUUCCAUCUCACCUCAAAAGGACCCCUGUUCAAUUUCUCCGUUUGUCACAAAUUCUAGACUCAUCAACCUCACUUCUCAGUUCCAUCUUCAACAGGGGACCAUCAACUUUCCUUGGUCCACCUACUAUAUACGCAUAAUCCACCUUGAAGCAUUCAUACACAGCUUCAUCCUUUCACCAACCGCAAUUGAAACAUCUCAGUCCACCAAAGAAACAGACCACGUCAGCCAUCCAGUUCCGACUUCCAUUCACCAUGUGGCAAGACCCUGCAAAUCCUUCAGCCGACACAAUGAACCAACCACAGCGGCAACCACAACCACCCUCCUCCUCAACCACAGAACAAACCCAGGAACAAACAGACGACACUCAAAUGCAAGACACCUCAGAACAACCAAAGAAACUCACCCUCCUCGACCUCCCUCCCGAAAUCCUCCACCAAGUGUGCACCCACCUCCCCCUCAAAUCCAUCCGCUCCUUCCGGCUCACCAACCGACUCCUCGGCGAAAUUGGUGCCUGCCACGCCCUUCCCGAGCUAAUCUUCUACCUGCACACGACCGACUUCGCGGCCCUACGCUCCAUCGCCUCGCACCCCAUCUACCCGCGCUUCGUGCGCUCCUUGAUCUACGGGUGCGACAUCUUGCCUUCGCCCCGGCUUUCGCUCAAGCAGUACGUCGCGGAAUGCCGGCGGACGGAAAAGAGAAGGGCCAAGAUGCAUGCGAGACAUGCGUGCGACGAGGCGAAUCGCCCGCCGAAACCGUUGGCGGAGGUCAAGGAGAGUUAUAGGGAGUAUAAGCGGGUGCAUCAGGCGCAGGAGGAGAUCAUAAGGGAGGAGAGGGAUUAUGAAAUCCUAAAAGAGGUGGUGGGGAAGAUGACGAAUUUGAAGGAGGUCAUGGUUAGCAGUGACUUUGAGUUUCGGUUGGGGAGCUUGGGUUCUUCGAGUUCGUCUUCGUCAUAUGGUGGGCACGGCGGGAGCGGGACGAAGGAUUGCAGGACGCCGUUCGAUAAGCUCGAUUGUUUGACGCAGCUGGAUGGGGAGAAGGGGCAGGAGGGCGUGAGGCAUUUGCGGGCGAUUAUGAUGGCUGUGAAGGAGGCGGGGAUCGAGCUCAAGAGUCUCUGCGCGGGAUUGAUUCACUGGAGCUUCUUUAAUGAGGCGUUGGGAAAUUUUGGGUUUCACAGCAUGGGGAAUUUGCUGGCCAACUUGACGCGAUUCGAGCUCCUCGUGCUGCCUGGGCCGAGCCAGGACCCGGAGGAUUUUCAGCACGCGGACGCGAUCGAGAUGAAUAACAUGAGCAUCGACGUGAUGGAAGAGAUUUUCCGGUGCCAGGAGCUGAUGAGGAAGGGUGUCAUCCGGAAUCUGGUGAAGGGCAUGCCGAAUUUGGAGAUCCUGUCGAUCGGGUUUAUGGAUCAUGCGGAGGAUAACGACUUCAUCUUUCCCGCGAGGCUGCAGGAUGUCAUUCCGCUGAACCACACGUUCCCGAACCUGGAGAGCUUGAAGCUCGAAGGGUUGGAGACGGAGAGGCAGGAGCUGACGGACUUUGUGGUAAAGCAUAAGGAUAGUUUGAUGAAGUUGGAGCUCAGAGAUAUGCGACUCGUCACGACAUCGUGGAGGAAGCUGUUGCCGGAGCUGCGGUACGAACUUAAGACGGAGUUGAUGGAGGAGGUAUCCAUCUAUGGUAUGGCCUUGGGAAUGGGCGAGGAGGACGACGAUCAGGAGCUGGAGGAGUGGUUUAUGGGUGAUCCGGAGGAUCAUGGGGCGACGGAGCUGGCGACCAGAGUCCAGAAGUACUUUAUGGAUACGAGCAUGGGCGACUGCCCGCUGUCGAGGGAGAACAUGGAGCCUAUACCCGACGAUGAUUUGAUGGACGAAGACAUCUUGGACCACCCUUUCGAGGGUUUGGUGCCGGAACACGAGCUGGCUGAGCUGAUCCUGGGAGGCAUGCAGUUUCCGGGAGGAGGAAAUCCGUUUGGGGAUCCGUUCGAUGAUCCGUCUUUCGAGGUUCCUGGAGGGUGGUUGGACUGAUGCAGGAGCAGUGGUCACUUAUAUAUAGUAGAUGGGAUGGGAGGAUGCAUGGAACAAAAAGUAGACAACAUGGCUCAACGGGGUGAAGGACAAACGCAAAGAUUACUAUAGGCCACUCACAGCGGCAACGGUUAUGAUGAUGUACGAUGACUUGUACAUUUUUGCAAAAGAAAGCGCACAACGACAGCAUCACCAAAAAUGAGAUACAGGUUAAAUGGAAAAUGUGUCG